AUGGCGUUAAUUCUUACGGGUGUCGUAAAUUCCACAACGUUAGGUUACGACACCAUGAUGAUGGCAGGUUUAAUUGCAAUUGAUCCAUUUAGUGGCUAUUUUCAUUUGAAGCCAGCAACAACCGGCUUACUUAAUGCUUCUAAUUGGAUGGGUGGCAUUCUAGCUUGUACCUUUGUCGCACAUUUGUGUGAUUAUGUUGGAAGGAGGGUCACCAUAUUUUUUGGUUGUAUGUUGGCGUUUGUUGGAAUUAUCAUUCAAAGUGCGUCCCAGAAUAUUACCAUGUUUUGUAUUGCAAAAAUAAUCAUGGGUAUAGCCAUUCAUAUGUCUGGUGUUGCAGCUCCACUUUUAAUAGCCGAACUUGCUCCACCAGAUAUGCGUGGUAUUAUUGGAGGCCUUUACUUUACGAUGUUUGAUGCUGGUGCUAUAAUUGCGUCAGCAGUCUCAUAUGGAACUGGCCAAAUUAAUAGCACUUGGGCCUGGAGAAUCCCCUCGAUUAUUCAAGCUAUACCUUCUGCAAUAACAAUUGCUGCCAUUCCAUUUGUUCCAGAAUCUCCUCGUUGGAUGGUAGCACAAGGUCAUAGACAAUAUGCUAGAGAUGCCCUAAUGAUUUGUCAAGGAUUGGACAAAGAAAAUGCAGAGGAACUUGUUGAAAAAAUUCAUCUCUCGUUAAAGAGCACCGCACCAUUUGCUCAUCAAUGGAGAGAAUUAAUGAGACCUAGUAGACCAAUGCUGAAAAGAAUUUUGAUUAUUCUUUCAUUUACCUGGAUCGUAGAAAUGGGAGGAUCCUCGAUUGGCUCAUAUUAUCUCACAAUUCUUUUACAACAAGCGGGUAUUUCUGGAAGUACUAAACUUCUUCAAAUUAAUAUGAUCAGUUCCUGUUGGAACUUUUUUGUGGCUGUCGUGGGUGCUUUUACAUUUGAUCGCCUUGGACGAAAACCACAAUCAAUAAUUAGUCUUACUGGUAUGACUGCUUGUCUUUUCUGUCUCGGUGGAUUCAUCCAAAAAUGGGGUGCUACUAGUACGAACAAAUCAGCACAGUACGCAACAAUAUUUUGGAUGUUCCUUUUCAAUGGCUUUUACAGUUUUUGUUAUACGCCAAUGCAAACAUUAUAUCCUACGGAGAUAUUUCCAACAAGAGUUAGAGCAGCCGGAACAACGUUUUUUCAGUUCUGGAAUUGUGGAUUUGGCCUACUUGCUUCCUUUGUCCUUCCAAUAUCGAUGGAUGCUGUUGGCUGGAAGUUUUAUAUGAUUAAUGCUUCCUACAAUAUACCAUUUAUUUUCAUAAUAUAUUUCCUAUGGAUGGAAACAAAAAACAUGACUCUCGAGGAUGUUGCCAGCAGGUUUGGCGACGGUAUGAACAAUGCUGAGCUUAUUGAUUCAAAUGAAGUUCAGGAAGAAGUUUCUGCGGAUCAAAAGCUAUCAUCUAAGAAUGCAAUCUUGAAUGCCAAAGUGAUUGCGUCGGCAAAAGAAUAA